AUGGAUAUUAGAAAAAAAAAAGAAAUUAUUAAUAAUAAUAAAGGGGAUGAAUCUAAAAGCAAAUUAAGUGAUAUUUUAUUAAAAAAAAAUCACAUAGAGAAUUAUAUAAAUUAUUCAUUAAAAGAAAAUGAGAGAAACUUAUAUAAACAAAGAAAAAAAAAUAACCUAAAAAAUAAUCAAUUAGAUAGAGAUGCAAUAGAAACUCAAUUAAAAAAAUUAAUUGAGAAUCUGUAUAGCUUAAAAUUUAAAUUAGAAAAAGAAAAAGAAAAAGAAAGGAAAAAAAAAACGUGUACAGUUAGCGAUCAAGUUGAAAGUAUAGAAAAAAAUAAAACAAAAAAAAAUAGAAAAAACCUAACUAUUUCAAAAAAGGAUCAUGAAAUACAAGAAAGAAUCUUUUCUAGUAAUAAAUUAGUACUUAAUAACACUGACAGAGACAUUUCAAUUGUUAAACAUGUACCAGAAUUAAUAAAAACAGUAGAAAUUUAUAAAAACAGAUAUGUAGAAGAACAAAGAAAUAAGAAAUAUAUCAUUGAAAAAUAUGAAAAAAUUUUAAGAAAUAUUAAAAAGCAGCAUAUUAAUGAAAUUAGUGAAAUAAAAAAUAAUAUAAUUCAGGAUGUUGAUUUUUUAAUACAGAAAUACAGAAAAAUAUCAUUAGAAUUACUAGAAAUUACUAAAAAAAAAGAAAAAGAAAAAAAAGAAGAGCAAACAAAAAUUAUUGAAAUAUGUAUAAACGCUUGUAAGAAGUUUGAAGAAGAUGUAAAAAAUAAAGCAAAGGUAUCAAUACAAGAAUAUAAAUCUUACAUGUUGAAAUUAAUAAAUAAUGAUAAAAAAGAAAAGGAAACUUUAGAAAAAAAAAUUACUGAAUUAAAACAAAAGAUUGAAGAAGAAAAAUAUAACACAGAAAGAAAAGUGUUUGAUGUUUGUGAAAAUAAAAUAAAAGAAGAACGUGAAUUAAAUAAAGAACUUAAAAAUAGAUUAAUUCUAGAAAAAGAAGAGCAAAAUGUUCUUGUAAACAAUAUAUAUUCAAAGGUUGAUAAACAAAUAAAAAUUUAUGAAGAAAAUAUUAUAGAUAUAUUUCAUAAUAUUUUAAUUAAGAAUAAUAUAAAUUUGAGUAUAAGCGAAUUAUGCAAUUGUAUUAAAGAUGCAAUGGAUAACAAAUAUAAAAAUGAUAAUUUAGAUAAUUAUAUUGAAAACCAAGUAAUAAAUUUUAAAUAA